AUUUUCUCUCUCAUCGGAAGCAGACAACAGUUUUCAUCUGCUUCAACUGCAGAGAUCUCCAGCCAUAUAUCGCGUUAAAGAGAGAGAAACCAGAGAAUUAUUGGACGUGUGGCAACGCAACCUCCGUGAAAUCGAGCUUCACUCACUCAGUGGAAUUUAAGCCGAUUCAAUGUGAUUGAAAUCGUGACGGAGCUGAUUAUUGAUUGGAAAUUCGCGAAGAUUGCCUAUAUUCAGCAUUAUGACAUCCUCUGUUCACAGCCUUUCAGAGAAUAGUGAGGCUGAUGGACAACAAAAGCACACAGAGCCUUACCUACAACCGUCGUCUCCAGCAAAAGGGACGUGUCCCACUGGUAUUGCAUCACCGGGAAUGCACUAUGCAUCACCUCCUGCUCAAGUUGGAGUAGGAAAUGUAACGGCCCAAGCAGCUUACCCGUAUCCCGACCCGUACUACAGGAGUAUAUUUGCUCCUUACGAAACCCAGCCUUACCCAGCGCAACCUUAUCCUGCUCAGCCUAUGGUGCAUCUGCAAUUGAUGGGAAUCCAGCAAGCUGGUGUGCCAUUGCCAUCAGAAGCAGUUGAGGAGCCUGUCUUUGUCAAUGCAAAACAAUAUCACGGCAUCUUGCGUCGUCGCCAGUCCCGUGCAAAGGCCGAGUCAGAACAUAAACUUGCCAAGUCUCGAAAGCCGUAUUUGCAUGAAUCGCGACACUUGCAUGCGCUGAGGCGAGCUCGGGGAAACGGAGGUCGAUUCCAGAAAAAGAACGACAGCCAGAAGAAGAAGGACGUGGGAUCGAGCGAGAGAUACCACGACAACAUCAACCUCAACAGCGAAAAGGAUGCCUCUUGAAGAUGGAAGUUAGACGGAUCGAAACAAAAGUAGCGCAGUCGAAACUGUCUCGUGUGAGUUUGGCAGAUUCAUUAAGAUGGUUCAUAGUCAAUAGUCUCGUUUGUGUACAUUCAGUCAUAGGUUUUUGUAGGAAGCAUUUCAGUUGAGUGUGAAUUUCAGGUUGAUGUUUUCUGUGUUUUAUUUAAGGUAGGAACCUAAAUCCAAUCCACACACAAAUGCAUCUUCAUCAACACAAUGUAUAUUCUCUUCGUCACACAAAUUAAAAUCUCUCAAAUAUACGAAUUAGUUUCCAA